AUGACACCAAAGAUGCCCUCUGGACAUCGCCAGCACAUCAUUGUAGGGCUUGUUCUGUUGGUGUGUUUCUCUGCUGUAUUCUUCAUAUACUACAAACCAGCCAUCAGCUGGCUGCCAUGUUCUAGAUCAGAGCCCACACCAGACGCCUGCACAGACGCAUGCCUUAAAGUUCUUAAAGAGGAGAAGGCUGGAAAUGACUGCAUUCUUAACCAAACUUUGAAAGAGCAACAGACAGCAGCUACACAAUCGCCACAACUAGACAGCACACACAAUGCCAACGACACAGUGGUUUUAAUCUGGUCAUGGCCUUUUGGUUACCAAUUCAAUCUGGAAUCCUGUGGUUCAGAGUUUGGCAUCACAGGUUGUCAUUUAACAGCUGACAGAAAUCAGCUGGAUAAAGCACAUGGGGUCAUGUUUCAUCUUAGAGACAUCGGUGGUGAAUUGUCAUACCUGUUGACGUUGUCACGACCUCCACUACAGAAAUGGGUCUGGAUGAACAUGGAGUCUCCAGCCAAUUCACCACAGUUGCCUGGUGCAGAUGAUCUAUUCAAUCUGACAGAAAACUAUCGGAGAGACUCAGAUAUCUGGAUGCCUUAUGGACGACUUGUAGAAGCGUCUGAAGAAGACAAGGCUUUUCAAAUACCAGUGAAGGAUAAACUGGUCUGCUGGAUUGUGAGUAACUGGAACAACAACUACAAGCGAGUGAGUUACUUUAAUGAACUGAGUAAAUAUAUUAACAUCGAGGCAUACGGGCGACACUUUGGUAAGUAUGUUAACAAAGAAGAUUUUGCUACAAUCAUGUCCAGCUGUAAAUUCUACUUAUCCUUUGAGAACUCCAUCUAUAAAGACUACAUCACAGAAAAGCUGUAUAAUCCACUGACAUCUGGCACAGUACCUGUUGUCCUUGGCCCAACAAGGGAGAACUAUGAGGAAUUUGUACCUGGGAAUUCCUUCAUACAUGUGGACGAUUUUGGAUCCCCUCAAGAACUUGCAGAUCAUCUCAAAUUACUGGACCAGAACCAGGAGAUGUAUGAACAAUACUUCACCUGGAGAAAAUACUUUACUGUUAAGGGCUCUGGGUUUGGUCUGGAGCAUGCUUGUCGUAUUUGUGAGCAUUUAAAAAGGAACAAGAACUUCAGAGUAUUUAAGAAUAUUAACAAAUGGUAUUGGGGUUAG